AGGCUCAGUCUUUCGCCUCAGACGCUAGCGGUAGCUGGCAGGCAGUUGUACGUGCUCCGGAGCCUUCAGUGCCCGCCGCUGCCGACGACCUCGCGUGGGUGCCCCGAGGCUCUUCCGAGCUGCUCGCCCUCCGCACACGCCGCCGUCGUAAUCCGCCAUCAUGGUGAAGCUCGCCAAGGCCGGCAAAACCCACGGUGAGUCCAAGAAAAUGGCUCCUCCCCCAAAGGAGGUGGAAGAAGAUAGUGAAGACGAAGAGAUGUCAGAAGAUGAAGAAGAUGACAGCAGUGAAGAAGAGGUUGUCAUCCCUCAGAAAAAAGGCAAGAAGGCUACUACCACUCCAGCAAAGAAGGUGGUCGUUUCACAAACAAAAAAGGUUGCAGUUCCCACCCCAGCUAAGAAAGCAAAUGUUACCCCAGGCAAAAAGGCAGCAGCCACACCAGCUAAGAAGGCAGUUACACCAGCCAAAGUAGUUGCAACACCUGGUAAGAAGGGAGCCACACAAGCAAAAGCAUUGGUAGCAACAUCUGGUAAGAAGGGAGCUGUCAUGCCAGCCAAGGGAGCUAAGAAUGGUAAGAAUGCCAAAAAGGAAGACAGUGAUGAAGAGGAAGAUGACAGUGAGGAAGAGGAUGAAGAUGAUGAUGAGGAAGAGGAGGAAGAUGAUGAUGAGGAAGAGGAGGAUGAUUUUGAGCCACCAGUAGUAGUCAAAGGAGCAAAACCAGCAAAAGCAGCAGCUGCUGCUGCUGCUCCUGCCUCAGAAGAUGAGGAAGAGGAUGAUGAGGAAGAGGAUGAUGAAGAGGAAGAUGACUCAGAAGAAGAAGUUAUGGAGAUCACACCAGCCAAAGGAAAGAAAGCUCCUCCUGCAAAAAAAGUUGUUCCUGUAAAAGCCAAGAAUGUGGCUGAGGAGGAUGAGGAUGAUGAAGAAGAGGAUGAAGAUGAGGAGGACGAUGAAGAAGAGGAGGAGGAAGAAGAAGAGGAGGAGGAGGAGGAAGAAGAGGAAGAACCUGUUAAAGCAGCACCUGGAAAAAGGAAGAAGGAAAUGACCAAACAGAAAGAAGCUCCGGAAGCCAAGAAACAGAAAGUAGAAGGCUCAGAACCAACUACACCUUUCAAUCUGUUCAUUGGAAACCUUAAUCCAAGCAAGUCUGUUGCUGAAUUAAAAAGUGCAAUCAGUGAACUUUUUGCUAAAAAUGAUCUUGCUGUUGUGGAUGUCAGAACUGGUACAAACAGGAAAUUUGGUUAUGUGGAUUUUGAGUCUGCUGAAGACCUAGAAAAGGCCUUGGAGCUUACUGGUUUAAAAGUGUUCGGCAAUGAAAUUAAACUAGAAAAACCAAAAGGAAGAGAUAGUAAGAAAGUUCGAGCUGCAAGAACCCUUUUAGCCAAAAACCUCUCUUUCAACAUUACUGAGGAUGAAUUAAAAGAAGUCUUUGAAGAUGCUGUGGAGAUCAGAUUGGUCAGCCAGGAUGGGAAGAGUAAAGGGAUUGCUUAUAUUGAAUUUAAGUCUGAAGCUGAUGCAGAAAAAAACCUUGAAGAAAAGCAGGGGGCAGAAAUUGAUGGGCGAUCUGUUUCACUCUACUACACUGGGGAGAAAGGACAAAGGCAAGAGAGAGGUGGAAAGAAUAGCUCUUGGGGUGCUGGUGGUGAAUCAAAAACUUUGGUUUUAAGUAAUCUUUCCUAUAGUACAACAAAAGAAACUCUUCAGGAAAUAUUUGAGAAAGCAACUUUUAUCAAAGUGCCCCAGAACCCACAAGGCAGAUCUAAAGGGUAUGCAUAUAUAGAAUUUGGUUCAUUUGAAGAUGCUAAAGAAGCUUUAGAUUCCUGUAAUAAAAUGGAAAUUGAGGGCAGAACAAUCAGACUGGAGUUACAAGGACAGAGGGGAUCACCUAAUGCAAGAAGUCAGCCAUCCAAAACUCUGUUUGUCAAAGGUCUGUCUGAGGAUACCACUGAAGAGACCUUGAAAGAGUCGUUUGAGGGCUCUGUUCGUGCAAGAAUAGUCACUGAUCGGGAAACUGGCUCUUCUAAAGGGUUUGGUUUUGUAGACUUCAAUAGUGAAGAAGAUGCCAAAGCUGCCAAGGAGGCCAUGGAAGAUGGAGAAAUUGAUGGAAACAAGGUUACCUUGGACUGGGCCAAACCUAAGGGUGAAGGUGGCUUCGGUGGCCGAGGUGGAGGCAGAGGAGGAUUCGGAGGCAGAGGUGGUGGCAGAGGAGGAAGAGGCGGAUUUGGUGGCAGAGGCCGAGGAGGCUUUGGAGGCCGAGGAGGCUUUCGAGGCGGCAGAGGAGGAGGGGGAGACUUCAAGCCACAAGGAAAGAAGACGAAAUUUGAAUAGUUCCUUCCAUUCCAGUCUUUCCCUCUUCAUUUUAAAGAAAGGACUCUGGGGUUUUUACUCUGUUACCUAUUCAAUGACAGAGCCUUCUAAGGACAUUCCAGGAUAGAUUGCAGGCCAUGUGGUCUGCUUGGAAUCCAAAUAAAGAUAACAUUUCAAGAGAUGCCCUGUUGAGUUAUAUGAGCCCAGUGAAAAUGAACAGGUUAUCUCUAUCUUGAAAUGUUAUUUUUAUAUAGAUUCUAAGUAGACCACCUUGGCUGUAUACUGUCCUGGGAUGUCCUUAGGAGGCUCUGUCACUGAGCAGGUAACUUUUUCAAGAUGGGUAAUAGAGCUAACCCCAUCUGUAUGAUUGAAUUUAUAUUGUUUUACCCUAUGUACAAAACCUUUUUUUCCUACAAAUGUUUUUUUUUUUCUUUUUUGUGUUGGGGGCUGUAAAAGAAUGUUUAUCAUGUUUUUUGCUUCAGUGGCUUUAGGGCAAAUUAAAAGUCCUAAACUCUGAUGCCAGA